AUGUCAGACUUUCUCGAGAGGGAAGCCGAGGAGGAUGACGAGGAGGACGAUGACUUGGAUGAAGAAGAGAAGAGGAAACUGAGGAAGCUAAAGAAGCUGAAGGAUGAAAAUGAGGAGCGCAUGAAAGAGGAAUUGAAGGAUCUGAUAGCAGACGAUGAUGAGGAAGAAGAGGAGGAUGACAGCGACCAGGAAAGGCACAAGAGAAAACGGAAGAGAGGGAAAGAGAGUGACUAUGAUGACCGCCUGGAAGAUGAAGAUUACGAUCUUCUAGAAGAGAAUCUGGGCAUCACAUUGAAAAGGAAGAAGGAGUUCCGUCGCAUCCGUCGCCUGAGUGAUGACGAGGAGGAGGAGGAGGAGGGCCAGGACCGGGAGGCCAUCGCAAACGAGCUGUUUGAGGGGUCCGACGAGGAGCAGCCCCCAUCCACUCACGACCACGUGCCAGUGAUAGAGGAGGAAGCACGCGAUGCCGAAGCGAUCGGCUCCGAUGCCGAGUACUCUGAGGAUGACUUCAUCGUGGGUGAUGAUGACCAGCCCAUCCGGAGGAAGAAGAAGAAGCACAUCUUCUCAGACCAAGCCCUACAGGAAGCACAGGAUAUUUUUGGAGUGGAGUUUGACUAUGAAGAGUUUGCAACAUAUGAUGAAGCUGAGGAAGAGGAGGAUGAGGAAUAUGAGGAUGAAGAACGGGAAGGGCAGCGGCCUCGUCGAAAAGAGGUGCGAGUCCGAAAGACGCAGAAAAAAUCCAUCUAUGAGGUGUAUGAGCCGUCAGAGCUGGAGCGAAGCCACCUGACGGACUUCGACCAGGAGGUGCGAGCGACAGACAUCCCGGAGCGGAUGCAGCUCCGCUCCACCCCGGUGGUCAGCACCGAGAAGGGUGUUGAGGACAAGGAACUCGAUGAGGAGGCCGAGUGGAUCUAUGACCAGGCUUUUGCUACCCCACCCCUCUCUUCUCAGGAGCCCAAUCGGGAUGCCCGGCUGCGGAAAGGCCCCCAGACGAAAGUGAAGAUCCGCAAUGCCCUCGACUACAUGCGCAACCAGCACCUGGAGGUCCCGUUCAUCGUGGCCUACCGGCGGGAAUACAUCGAGCCUGACCUCAACGUGGAAGACCUCUGGACCAUAUACGGCUAUGAUGAGAAGUGGAUGCAGCUGAAAUCCCGUCGUGACAAUCUGAUUCGGCUGUUUGAGAAAAUGAUGGAGUACCAGGGAGACUUCAUCAUGCAGGACCCCGACGCCCCCCUGCCCGAGGGUGUCCGCAUCAUAUCCGACGAGGAUAUCGAGAGGUUGAGGCUGGUGAAGACAAGUGAAGAGUUGAAGGAUGUGUACAUGCACUUCAUGCUCUAUUAUGCGCAAGACAUCCCGCUGAUGCAGGAGUCACUGCGGAAGAAGGAGCAGCAGCAGAAGAAGGAGGAGAAGGAGCGGGCCCGGGAGGAGCGGCGACAGCGGAAGAAGCAGCUGGCUGAAGGUCCUCAUCCCAUCCUUUGUCUUUCCCUUGUUGAAUGCUUUGUGAGGGCAGAUGCAGGCGAGGAGGGGGAUCUCCAGAUGGAGGAGGAUGAAGAGGACGAGGAAGAGGAGAUGGACGAUGAGGAUAGAGACCCUGUGAAGCACCCGCUUCGAACUGACCCAUACAGCAUCUGCAAACGUGCAGGCCUUGGUGAGAACAGCUGGCUAGAGACAGUACCUAUUGCUGAUAUGAAAGUGCAGUUUGCAUACAGUAACUAA